GAAAAAUCCAAAACUAUAAAUUAGAUUAAUCCAUCAAAGAUAGAAUAAGGGUCUAGUCCGAUCGAGACACCAUAUGGCUAGGUCCGUGGAGCCACUGGUUGUGGGCAGAGUGAUCGGAGAUGUGCUCGACAUGUUCACUCCUGCCGCGGAGCUUACUGUCCAUUAUGGCGCCAAGCAGGUCCACAAUGGCUGUGAUAUCAAGCCAUCUUCUGCUGCUGAUAAACCUCAUGUCCGAAUCCUUGGCCCUCUCGUCUCUUCCAGUUUAUACACUCUCGUUAUGGUUGAUCCUGACGCCCCAAGUCCAAGUGAACCCAGAUUAAGGGAGUGGCUGCACUGGAUUGUUGUAGAUAUUCCUGAGGGACAUGAAGCUACCGAAGGAAGAGAGAUGGUGCCUUACAUGGGACCCCAGCCACCUACAGGAAUUCACAGGUAUGUUUUGGUACUGUUUAAGCAGGAGCGAGCAACGGAGGGAGGGUGUCAACUCCCAGAUGGCCGAGCCAACUUUAGUACUCGCCAAUUCGCUGCUCAAAACAGCCUGGGGCUUCCAGUUGCUGCAGUGUAUUUCAACUCACAGAAGGAACCAGCAGUGAAGAAACGCUAGCAGAUACUUCAAGUGCAACAUUUAAUAUUCAGUAGAUUUUGUGAUACGUUCAUAAUAGGUUUGAUAUGGUUAUGGGGAUGGGUCGUUGUUGAUAAACAACGGAUUUUGAUCUGUACGUAAUUUUCAUUAAUUUUGGUUUGAAUAGAUUACACGUUUUAAUUGAUUAA